UGAAAAGCGAGACGUGUGUCGUAAUGUAGCGAACCGGACUGUCGUGCGUUUAUUUUUUUUUUGCCCUCACAAAGCGUCGUUUGCGUCGGAGAAAUGGACUCAUCGGUCACGCUGGGCAGGUUAGAGCUCGGGCGCGCCGCCGUGAGCCCGGGCGCGCGCCUCACGAGACCGGGGGUGAAGGAAAGGAGCGCGCAGCAGCAGCACGCGGGGCCGCGCACAGGACCUCUCGGCUGCGUGCCGCUCUCGCACCAGGUCGCGGGCCACAAGUACGGCGUGGACAAAGUAGGUAUACUGCAGCAUCCUGAUGGUACGGUACUAAAGCAGCUCCAGCCCCCGCCUCGAGGACCCAGAGAGCUGCAGUUCUAUAGCAUGGUUUAUGCCAAGGAUUGCUGUGACCCCUGCUUACUCGAGCUGCAGCAGCAUCUUCCCAAGUACUACAGCACUUGGUCUUCUCCUGACAGCCCCACAGAGCUGUAUCUGAAGCUGGAGGACGUCACGCGCCGCUUCCAGAAGCCCUGCAUCAUGGACGUGAAGAUAGGCCAACGUAGCUACGACCCCUUCGCCUCACAGGAAAAGCGCGAGCAGCAGAUCAGGAAGUACCCCCUGAUGGAGGAGAUCGGCUUCCUGUUGCUCGGGAUGAGGGUGUACAACGUGGGCUUGGACAGCUUUGACACUUAUGACCAGCAUUAUGGAAGGGGUCUCAUGAAGGAUACUAUCAAAGAUGGACUCUGCAAGUUCUUCUACAAUGGUGACCUCCUCCGCCGUGAUGUCAUCGCUGCCAGCAUCGCCAAAGUCAAGAGUGUCCUCCGUUGGUUUGAGAACCAGAGCCAGUUGAACUUUUACGCCAGCUCUCUGCUCUUUGUCUACGAGGGGCUUCCCAUGACCUCGCAGGAGAAAUCCAGCACCCGGAGUCUGCAGAAGCACGAAGGGGUUCUGGAGUACAACAACAACAUCGAGCAGAGCCUGUCCACCAUGUACUCCCUGCACAAGAAAGGCUGCAUGCAGAGCCACCAUCCAAGCAAGCAGGACAACAGCGCGUGGCACGGCCUCACCCAGCCGGAUCCCGGCGAGCAGGAAAUGGAGGAGAUGCCCGAGGUGGAGGUCCGAAUGAUCGACUUUGCCCACGUCUUCCCCAGUGAGGUCCACGACCACGGCUACAUCUACGGCCUGAAGAACCUGCUCAAGGUGCUGCAGCAGAUACUGGAUGACUAAAGAAAAAAAGGUUCUUCAGCCAUGAUGAUCUGCUCAUCUCAUCAGAGAGGAAUUAUUAUUAUUAUUAUUAUUAUUAUUAUUAUUAUUUUUAUUUUUAUUUUUUUUAAUUUUAAAGUUGUAGCUACUCUUAUUCUCAUGUUCAUUCCUCUCUCCCCUGGACUACAGUGAAAUAACCCAUUUCAAAAGCUUGCGCUGUGUCCGAAAUCACUCACUGCUCACUAUAUAGUGGACUAUAUAGUGAGUUCGCUAUUUUGUAGUGUUGUCCGAAUGUACAGUGAGCAUUAUUACAUCCUAUAUAGUGGAUUUGUAGUAUCCCACAAUGCAUCAUGAAAAGUAGUUUGCAACCGAUGGUCACUAAUCAAGCAAUAUAUGCCAUCAUGCAUUGUGGUCGUGCUGAAAAAAACAAAAAAAAGGCAGACGACGGACAGGAGCACCCGGUGUUGCGGCUGAAUGGACAGGGGAAGAAACGCUAUCAAUGGACAUUCAAGUAGAACUAAAAAUGGUAAGAGAAUAGAAAAUAAGCUAAAAUAGACACAAUACAAGAAUAAACGUUACAGUGCAGAGCGAGGAAUUACUCAAAAGCCUCAAAUUUGAUCUAGGACUAGACGGCCUUUCGAUUUCAUAAAAUCUGUGAAACUUUGUUCCCUCUGAAAUGUGGUCCUAGUGAUGUAUGUUUAUUUCUGUAAUAUCUCACAAAUGGCCCUUUUCCACUACCCUUUUUCAGCUCACUUCAGCUCGCUUCAGCUCACUUCAGCCUGACACGGCUCGUGUUUCGACUAUCUCAAAACAGCACGACUCAGCUCGCUUCAGCCCUGCUCAGCCCCCAAAACUCGCACGGUUUUGGAGUGGGGCUGAAGCGAGCCAAACCGAGCUGAGUGAGGCUGGGGGCGUGAGCAGACACUCCCCUGUGCACUGAUUGGUGAGGAGGAGUGUCCUCACAUGCCCCCACACGCCCCGCGAGCACGCUGGGAUCUGUCAACACCGUAAACCCGGAAGAAGAAUAAUUACGAAUUACGAGAAUUUCUGAAGCCUUAUGCGCCUCGCCUCAUCUAUACGCUCUUGCCAGUAUCUGUUGGCGUUGUCGGUGACAACAAGCCACAGCACCAAGACCAGCAACACUAACGACUCCAUGUUUAUUAUUUACUAUCCGGGUCGUGAGACUACCGCUUAAAAGAUCACUGAUGUCACUGUUCGUGCCGCUUAACGACAUCACGUGAUGUCCACCCACUUUCGCUAACUCCACCCAAUGUGUCCACCCACUUCCAGCCAGCACGGUUCAGCGCGGUGGUAGUCGAAAUGCAACUCCAACAGUCCCGCUCAGCCCGACUCAGCACGGCACGGCUCAGCCCGACUCAGCCACGUUUGUAGUGGAAAAGCGGCAAAAAUAUCAGGCCAUCCUGUGGCUGGGAAGUUCUUUAAUUGGAGGGGAUUCCCGAGCAAAUAGUGUGCAUGAAAUCGCUCGCUUCACACAGUCAAGCAGACAGAGGAAGUCCGUGUGCGCAUGCGCAGGUUUACCACCACCACCUUCUUCUUUUCCUCCUUCUUUUGGGUUUUAUUGCAGCUGGCAUCUACAGGUUUACCUUUGACCAUGCACUGACAGUUCCAUCAUUCUGUCACUAAACGAACAGCUGAUCACACCGAGGUGCUCGCUGAGCGCCGAUGUUUAUUAGUUUGGUCCUGUGUUUCCUUUCCUUCGUAUAUAACAUAACGUCUUUUCUUCUGGCUUUCCGUUACUGCAGUCGGUCUUUCACGUUUCAUUCGCACGCUCACGUCCUCCAUUUUUCUCUCCUGUUUCAAAUUUGUAUCCCACAAUGCCUUGCGUGAACGGGGAAAGCCCACCACGUCAUGCAUGACGUAGUACCUUGAAUUGGGUCAUGGGGAAGCAGGAAAAAAAUAACGGAGAAUUUAGGGCCACGUGGUGCUAAAUUUGUUAGUUCUAUUAAAAAAAAAAAAAAAAAAACACUAAUAAAAUUGGAAGUCUGUGAUUCAAAUUCAGUAGUUUUUGGUCCACUAAACAAAAAUAACUGGGUUUUUGGAGGGGGGAAUUCUUUUUAUGACCAAAACUUGAAAAAUCUGAAAAGGCCGUUUUACCUUUUAAUAAAAGGCAGCGGCAAAGAAGAAAGUAUUCAGCCUUGAUUUAAAAGAACUGAAAGGAUGCAGGUACUUUUGUAUUGAUUAAUGUGGGAACCGUGCUCAGUAUAAUAUGGAUUUAUCACAAAAAUACAUGCGUUUUAUUAUUUUGAAAACCCACCAGCCGACUGAUCCGGCACGCUUUAAUUGUGCGACAGUAAUGACGUAAAUAACAGCGCGACGGACUCGUGUCCGAAAGUGUGUUCCCAAUGAGCUCACUAUAUAGUCCUCUAUAUAGUAAUUCCCUAUGGAGAUCUUGCAGUCACGUGACCGGAAAGUACACAACCGCCAUCUUGUCGGUCAAAAACACCGCUGAAUACUGCUGCACUCGUGUACAGAAUGGAUCAAUUUCAACUGACGGACUACACGGCUCAUUUUUCUAAUGAACAGAGAACUAGAUAUAUGUCUAAAAUAAACAAUCUACAGAUUAGUGACCCUUAUGGUUUACCAGACGGAGUUUUCACGACCGGAUUUUGAACUGCCAGCGGAAUACCUGGACGUGUAUAAUUACCUCAUUAACUUUCCCUCGCUGUUCAGUGGUGAAGCACUGCGUGCUUAUAAAUCUCUGGACAGUUAUCUUUACAGAAAUUCAGGAUUUGUCAGCGACUCAGAUGUGGCAUCUUGUAAACAAGAAUCCUCAUUGGAUGGGUAAGUCACUUAAGUAUUGAGUAUAGCACUGACCAGCCGAUUAUAGACUAGAAUAAGGUAAUUCCAGCUGUAAUUCCAAAUCGUCCGUCUUGUUUACAUGGAUCUGGCGUUGGAGAGGUAGAGGCUUAGCAGUGGAGAUUUGAGUGGCUGUUUUCUGAGCUUAAUCAACAGGCCGGCUCUGCAGCCUCGCUUUUGCUUCCGCUCCCGGCGCCGCCUCCUUCGCUUUGCUUCCGAUAACAAUCCAUGGAGACCCCGCUGGUCUCGCUAUCUCGUCCGGAAUGUUGUGCAUGCGAUGGAAAUCGCUACAAACCGUCAUUUUCUGCUGGAAACCAAUGUCCAGUAAGUCCAUACGGUUGUAGUGGAUAUUGAAGUCCGGUACAGACGAACAACACGCAAAAAUACACACAAAAAAAAACAUAAAAAACGUACACAGGUAGGGAGAGCUUGUAGCUGCAGCCGUUGUAGUAGAAUUGUAUAUAGUAGGGUUUUCCAGAAGAAAAGGUAGAAGUAAAAGCAGAAGUAGAAGGCGGAAUAUGGCGUUUGACCGACAAGAUGGCGUCUGUCACAAUCUGGAUCGGCUGUGACGUCACAUGCAAGUGCUCCAUAUAGGGAGUAAUGAACGAGAGUGAUUUCGGACACAGAUUUGGUUUAGCAGUUGGUCUACAUGCACCUGUGUGGGUUUUUGUUUUUUUUUUCCAAGUUUUUUACUCAGGUAAACUGAUUACAUGGUCAUUUAUGGUAUUUAUCUUGGCAAUGGCAGAAAUGAAAUUCUCUCACUUUUACACACCGUCUUAACCCUUUCUCUGGAUUUCUCAAGACAAGUUAAAUAAGGUUUUGUCUUGCUUCACAAUGCUGUAAGGACUCUGAGGACACAUUUGUCGGUUUCUUUAACCUGCGCUGCCAUAAUGGCUCUACCUGUGGUGAGUUUUAAACUUGCGGUUUUGACUCGUCUACAUAAAUUCCCCUGUGUAAAUACGGUAUCCUAUUUUAUGUAAUGUAACGAUGCAGUAUGCUGAGCCGAUGAAGGGAAGGCUUGGAUUUUUAUUGGCGUUUUAAAAACCGUCUUGGUGAGCUUGUCCUAUGUGUCGUAAAUGGGGGGGGGGGGGGGGAGUUAAGUUCGUACCAUUUUUGGCCAUCUUUAAAGCCAUGCUUUAUUAAUGCUGUAUCAGCUGCUAAAGUGUUUUUGAUACACUUUCCUGAGCUGAGUGAAUGAAGCGUUACUGUGCAGACGUAGUAUUGAUUUGAGUGCAGGAGGCAAAAACCAGCAUAGUGAGCUUGAUUUUUAUAAAAAAAAAAUCCACUGACUGAACGGGGGAGGGGGAAAAAAGAGGAAAAGCUAUAAAUAUUUAAAAAAAAAAAAAAAACUUUUCCCUCCCGGAGGCAUUGGACCCCCCUUUUUUUUUUUUUUUUUUUUUUAAAUCCUUAACUUUGCAUUGUAUUUAUAUGAACUAAUUUUGUUGCAGCUUUUUUUUUUUUUUUUUCCCUUUUUAAAUUCUAGGGCAUUGCAAAUUUUAUCAAGACUCAUAUAGGUGCGUAAUCACUGUAUACAAUGACAUACUGAAAAAAAAAUCUGUGAAAUGUAUUCCUCAUCUCAAAGCUGAUAAGUUUCUUGCUUUAUUCUUCAUUGAUUGCAAGAAAUCUGGAAAGUGUUCUUCGAUGCAUUUCAAGUUUUACUUGGAGCAUACUGUAUAUGUAGGACGUCUUCUGACCUUGUCUUGUGCUGAACGACUGCCGCUGCGUUCGACUUGUCUGAUUUUUAACAUUCCCGUCGAUUUAAAGCAGAACAAGAGCAUGCUUUCUGCUUGUCCCCCGAAGAAGAAAGUCAGGCUCUGAAGGAAAAAGCCAACUUGGAAUCGCACGUCUUGGGGCAAAGUCGAAACUACCUGUGUGUCUGAUUCCCUGGCUCUUGUCUCACACUCAGGAAUGUAUUAGCGUUACGACUUCAAAGUAGUCGAGACAUCCGUAUGCAAGAACUGGAAGGAAACAAGCCGUGGGCCAGUUCAAGCUUGAUGCAUUUUUUUUUUUUUUCCUUUCCUGUAGCAUGCACCAUUAAAUUGAGGAAUUUGUUUGCAUUCCAGUUUCUUUUUGUUCCUGCUAUUACAUUUACAGCAUUUUUAUUUUCAUUCAUGCACUGAAGCAAGUGGAAAUACUGUAUGAUGUCUAUAUCAGACUUCCUGCUGUGAACUCAUCCAUUCGUCUGUAAUUUUUUAAAAAUCUUAUUCUCAUUUAUUACUGUGUUUUAGUAAUAUUUUUUUUUUCUUUCUUUCUUAAACAGUUGCACCUGACUGAAAUUUACGCUGGUGCUCAGAGCACUUUAAUUAUUUGCUAGACUGGAGUUUGCCUAUGGAACUAGUUUAAUUGAACUAACUGUAAAGGCAUAUUGCAUUUUAAAUGCCUCCAAAUAGAAGAAUCGAACGUUUAACCAUUUUUGUAACCUGGUUUUGGUAAAACUUUUUUUUUUUUUUUGUGCUAUUUACGCAGUCUCAAAAAAAAAAAUAAUCAGGGUAAUUUUAUCAUGUUAUGAGGAAAACAUUGAGUAUAAUUUAUCUUUGCUGCCCUGGAAUAUCCAGGCUCAUUUACGCCCAUGAAGCAGCAGGGUUGCGCAAUAAAAUGGGUUGGAGUCGCUACAUUUGAAUGAUUUUUCCCAUGUGCUGUAUAAUUCUGCAAUUCACAAUGCAGAAACUCAUCUGAAAACUGAUCUGAUUUCUGAUUUAAGCUUGAGGUUCUGGCAGAAAUGAUCCAGGUUGCAGAUCAGUACUGGAAUGCCCAUUACUCAUGUGAACCCUGGAAUAAACAGACGAAACUAAUGAUGGUUUUUGUAAUCUAGAUGUAUAACGUCAUAAUCAGACUCGUAUAUUUAGGUGUAUAUUUGGCAAGUCUAUCAUUAUUAAUAAAAACAUAACGCCUCUUAAUAA